ACCACCAGUCUGGCAACGCCACUCAAAACCUACGAUGUCAUGGAUACUAGGGAGGUUAGAGAAACUUCGCAAGAAACAAGAGAAACCGCAGAGUGAACAGCUUCAGGAACAGCAGCAGCAACAGCAGCAGGAGCAGCAACCGUGGGAGUCGCCGCACCGCCCAGGCGAGUUUAGCCUGACCAGCUUCGACUACUCGCGAGAGGACAUGGCGGACAGGAUUCUGGAGACGAUGCAGAGACUCAGAUUUCGAGGGGUGUCGGGACCAAUAUCCUUCGACUGCCCUGACCGAGUUGGCGUGACGGCCUUUUACCAGAUCCAAGGAUCUGAGGCGCCUGGUGAUGAUAAGUAG